UACGAUUCUCAGUAUCAAAACUCUACAUAAAUGAAUAUGGCACGAGAAAAACACGAUGAGUGCAAUUUCUUUAAUUUUUUUGUUUUAACAUCACUCUACAAUUAAAUAGGAAAAUGUUAAUAUAACAUAAUUGGAAAUGGAAAUAACUUGAUAGGUACAAAGGUGGACAAAAUUUCUUUCAAAAUUAUUGAUAAUAAUUGAAGUCAACGAAUUCCAAUGCAAGCGAUAUUGUAACAUCUUCAAUACUGUAAUAUUAUAACGAGGAAUAUUUUGAAGAUCGUGAAGAAGAUGGAAAACAUAUGUUUAGUUCCAAAAUCGGAUAUAACCCUCACCCAAACCUUUACCUUCACUCAAUCUUUACGCCAGUUAAUCUAAUAACUUCAAAAUUAGAGAAACUUAAGUACAUAACAAAGGCAUGAUAUUCAUAUGAAAAAGGAAACAUACAUAUAUAAGAUAUCAAAAUUAUAGAAAUUAGGAUUACUAGUGGUUUCUAUCCUAUAUGAUAAAUUUAUUGAUAGAUGGAUUUAUUUACAGUAGUUUAAACAGGAAACGAUGGUUAUUUAAUGCGAGCCUAAUACAGUAAUGUGAUAUAACUAAGUUAAUUCACAACUCACAAUUAACAAUUAACAACUCAUAACAAUUCGGCAACUAAUGAUUAACCAAGGCGCAAUUCGCUCGCAACUCUCUCUCGACUCAACUGACGACUCACAACAAACGAACAUCCUUACAACUAGACUCUCAAUUAACAACUGACUACUAACCGAUUUUCUUCCUCAAACACCUCUUUGUCAUCUUCUCGUACCCCCACCACGCACGUGUUCCAUAAUCGUCCACGAUUAUGGUCACAUACGCCUUCUUCCGGGUACUAAAGAGCCGAGGACAUUGAUGGGCCGCUUGGCUUAUCGAAGUUUCCUGUCCCUUUUGGCACUUAGGCUUUCUCGCAACAUUGUUUAUAGUUCACCCGAUAUUUCUUAGGUAAUCCACGAUACUAUACAUAUAUGUACGUAUAUAGUACUGACGUAUUUAUAAUUUUCUUUAACCUUUAGAGUGCUAUAGGCGCAUAUAUGUGUCUGGCGAAAGCCAUCGGCGUGGACUAAAGACUCAUAUAUGCGUUUGUCAAUUUUUCCGAGCACCUACGCACAAGUAAUACUAUUACGUUUGUGUGAGAUAAAUAUAAAUGCAUUUCAAUGUUAAUGCCGCGUUUGAAGAAACUGUCUAUGAGAGAAUAUUGGUCUACGGACGAACUGUUGAGAAGCAAUAUUUUCCGGAAAAUAAUGGCACGAGAUCGACACAUGAUAUUAUUACAAAUGUCGCACUUUAACGAUAAUAAUACAGCAAGUGACGAUCCUUUAGCAAAAAUACGACCAGCAAUCGAUAAAUUAACGAUUUCCUUUUCGCAGUCAUUUGCAUAUUACGGAAAUCUAUGCGUCGAUGAAAGUCUUUUGCUGUACAAGGACAGAUGUUAUUUUAAACAGUUUAUACCAUCCAAGAGAAGUAGUUUCGGCAUUAAAUCAUUUCUUCUUAGUGACUGUAGAACUAAUCAUGUAUUGAACUUCGUAAUUUAUACUGGACAAAAAACAAACAUUAGUAGAGGUAACACAGCCAUUGGAAUCUCUGGAGAUGUGAUGACGCUGCUUCAGCCAUAUUUUGUAAAGGACCAUACACUAAUUACGGAUAAUUGGUACACGAGUCCACGUUUAUAUACUUUAUUACACGAAAACAAAACCAACGCAUUUGGAAUCGUAAAAAUAGGAGAGAUAGGCCCGAGAUAGGAAGAAAAGUUGAAGGUCGACUGGCAUUUUAUUAGGAAUGAAAUGGCAUGUUAAAAAGGAGGUUUCGAUGUUUUCUUCUACACAUGUAGCUGAUUGAAUCUGAGAAAAAGCAUUACCGUACAGGAUUAUAUAAGAAGGUUAUAUAAUAACCAUCAUGUAUUGCCGACUAUGAUUCCAACAUGGGUGCUAUAGAUAGAGCUGAUAUGAUUCUGAGUACACUUAAUUCCUUAAGGAAAACUAUAAAGUGAUACAAAAAAUUAUUUUUCCACUUGUUAGAUUUAACUAUAUAUAAUGCAUAUAUUUUAUAUCAAAAAUCUACUGCUUCGAAACAAAAAUUUAGAGAAUUUCAUUUAGCGUUGAUAAGAGACAUUUUACGAAAAUAUUUCCAACGUAGAAGCAUGGUAGCAGGGGGAAAGAGAAAAUCUGAGGAUUUACUGUUUCGUUUCAUUGAGAAGCAUUUUCCAUCAAAAUGCCUUUAUCGUGCCAGCACAACAUAAUUAUCAAUGUGUUGUUUGUGAGAAAAAUAAGAGAAGAAACGACACGCGAUACGAAUGCAAAAAAUGCGAUGUCGGAUUGUGUAUCGAUAAUUGUUUUGAAAUUUUUCACACACAACUGAAUUAUUAACUUG